AUGACUACAAAUUCUAAUAAUAUUAAUCCUGAAGAUCUUCGUGAACAAGGUAAUCAAGCAUUUAAACAAGGUAAAUAUCAAGAUGCCAUUGAUCAAUAUACUGAAGCAUUAAAUCUAUUAAUUAAUCUUUCAUUAUCUGAAAGAAUAAAAACUGAAUUAACAAAAUGUUAUAGUAAUCGUUCACAAUGUUAUAUUAAUUUAAAUCAAUAUGAAGAUGCUAUUGAAGAUGCUACACGAGCACUUGAAUAUACACCUGCUGAUCAAAAAUCUUUAUAUCGUCGAUCAACUGCAUUUGAACAUUUAGGAAAAUUACAUGAAGCUAUAUCAGAUGCACAACGUUUAAUAUCAAUAUCAUCAAAAGGUAGUGAACAAACAAAUAUUCUUUUAAGAAAAUUACGUGAAAGUGCACAAAGCAAACAUACUCAACAAACACAAUUAACAUCUCAAAUUCAACAAAUGUUUGAAAUUAUGAAUAUAAAAUCUAAUCAAGAAACUGCGUUAAAUAAUCUUCUUGUUAUAUCACGUGAAGAUGCUGGUGCAGAAGGAAUUCUUACUUAUGAUUGUGAUCUACGACAAAUAAAAGAAUUUAUUCAAACAAAUGAACGAAUUAUUGUUCUUGGUUUUAUCCGAGUAUUGGCUUCAAUUGUCAGAAAUUCAUAUCAACGAGCUGAAACCAUUUAUAAUAAACUUGGUCUUCAAUUAUUUGCUCGUUGUUUAGCAAUGAAUGAUACAGAAAUUCCUGCAAGUACAGCUAUAUUAGUUCAUAAUAUGAUUAUGUCAAUAUGUGAUCUUGAAAAUCGUCGAAAAAUUCAAAAACCUAUAAAUGUACCUUUUAACUUUGAUCAAUCUGUAAUUGAAUUUAUUAAUAAUAUAUUUCGUUUACUCAAUGAAUUAAUUGAUGAUAAAACAUGUUCAGCUAUUGGUCGUGAUUGUUGUCUUGAUCUUGUUGCUAAAUUUGUGGAUCGAGCAAAUGGUUGUAAUUGGAUUAGUAAAUUUAUUGUCUCAGGUGUACCCAAAGUACUUCGCGUAGCAGCUACGGUACCUAAUUUACCAGAUAAUGAUAAAAAAUCAUAUUCAAUAACAGAACAAACUAAAAUGCAUAUUUCUUGUGUACUUAGUGUUGUUUAUCAUGAUUUAUGUUCAGAUAAAGAACGAGAAGAAUUUAAUAAUGAAUGUAUAGAAUUUAUUAAAGCUUUACGUGAAAAGGAUGAUAUUCAAUCACGCGUACGAACAAUAUCCGUUUUGUCUGUUCUUUUACAAGGUCCUUUUGAUAUUGGUAAUGCAAUCUUAGGUAGUGAAAAUUUAGUAGAUUUAAUGAUACAAAUGGCUGGUUCAAAUGAUCCAAUACAAGAACGUAUUGCAGUUGAAGCAAUUGUUUUAUCAGCAUCAAAGAAAGAUAAAGCAGCUGGUAUUAUACAACAAGGUGCUGAUAUUCUUAAAAAUCUCUAUCGAUCAACAAAUGAAGAUAUUAAAGUACUUGCUCUUGUGGGUUUAUCAAAAAUUGCAUCAAGUAAAGGUACAGAUACAAGUACAAGUCUUGUUGCCGAAGGUUCAUGUCAAACACUUAGUCGUGCAUGUUGCAAGUUUUUAACAACAAGUCAAAGUUUUGAUAUUCGUCGUUGGUCAGCUGAUGGUCUGGCUUAUUUAUCAUUAGAUGCUGAUGUUAAAGAAGAACUUGUUAAUAAUCUAUCAGCAUUAAAAGCACUUUUUACUUUAUGUCAAUGUCAAGAUGCACAUGUUUUAUAUUCGAUAACAACAAUAUUUGUUAAUUUAACUAAUACAUAUGAUAUUAGAAAACCAGAUAAAGAAAUGGUUGAAUUAGCUGCUUAUGCUAAACAACAUAUACCGAAAGAACAUCCAAAAGAUGAAAAAAUAUUUUUUGAUGAACGUCGACGAAAAUUAGUUGAAGCUGGAAUUAUUCCUGUUUUAGUACAAUUAUGUAAACAUAAAAGUGAAAAUUGUCGUGAACAAAUCGCUCGGUAUGAAAAAAAACAAAUAUUAUAUGAAAUUAAAAAUUUAUUUAUUUUAGAGU